AGAGAGGCGAGAGGAGGGAAUGUGCUGAAAUCACCUCAGAGUGAGAGAGAGCGGCUCUGCGGAGCUCAGCGUGGAGAAACUUCACUCAGGCAGGAAUCACCGCGCUCAGCCGGGAAUCCUGCACGCUUCAGGCGGCGGAGUGGAGGGUUUUUAGUGGCAGCGCCGAACGGGAGGAUGUUGAAGGCGGAGGGAGGCUGAACCGAACCGAACCGGCCGGGUUUACUGACCUCCCCGCGGCUAUCGAUCCCUCCUCACAUCGCCGCUUCUAACGUUACGCUACUAGCCAGGUAGUUUUCGGUGCUCAUUUAAACGUGGAUUUUGCCGGUUUGGCUCUGACUGAGAGCCGAUACAGCGGAGUGAAAGCCCGUUUUUCGAAAGGACCGACGUUUUUACCCUGUUUCGUGCACUUUUUACGCGAAAACGAGAUGAAUUUAGACCUGUUUACUAAGUUAGCGAGCUAGUAGGAGGACUAGUUAGCCGGCUAGCCAGGCUAGCUGAGCUGAGCUGAGCUGAGGAAUAUCGCGACUCCACGGAUUGUUUUCAUUUCUUUUUCGCCCUUUUUCUCUUGAUAAUUCACUCACAGAUCACCGUAAAUCACCAAGAGCGGCUGUUUAUACCCCGACAGAGCCAAUUGUGUCCCUCGAAGGUAACCCCUGAGUUUUUUCUGGAAUUUUUUUUCGUUCGGACGUGUAAAAUGGAUGCGGGAAUGGAGAAGGAGUGCAGCGCUUUGGGAGGGCUCUUCCAAACCGUCAUGAACGACAUGAAGGCGAGUUACCCGGCCUGGGAGGACUUUGUCACGAAAGGGGCCAAACUACAGUCUCAGCUAAGGACGACCAUCAUUGUCACUGGCUCGUUUCUGGACGCCUUCCAGAAGGUGGCUGACAUCGCAACUGGAACACGAGGGGCGACGAAGGAGAUCGGAUCAGCGCUGACCAGAAUGUGUAUGAGGCACAGGAGCAUCGAGAACAAACUCAAACUCUUCACCACGGCCCUCAUGGAUAACCUGAUCAGUCCUCUGGAGCUGAAGAUAGAAGAGUGGAAGAAAGUGGCCAGUCAGCUGGAUAAGGACCACGCCAAAGAGUACAAGAAAGCGCGAGCAGACAUCAAGAAGAAAUCCUCAGACACAAUCAAGCUGCAGAAGAAGGUGAAAAAAGGUAAGGAUGAGGUUCGGAUGCAGCUGGACAGCGCCCUGCAGGACGUGAACACUCGCUACGCUGAAUUAGAAGAGACCGAGAAGAGGGCCGUGUGCCGAGCGCUCGUCGAGGAAAGAGGACGCUUCUGCUCCUUCGUUACGAUGCUCAAGCCUGUUCUGGAUGAGGAGAUCAGUAUGCUCGGUGAGGUGACGCACCUGCAGUCCAUUCUGGAGGACCUUUGCAGUCUGACAGCCGAUCCCAACACUUUACCACCUGCUAGUGAACAAGUAAUCCUUGACCUGAAGGGCUCCGACUACAGCUAUGCGUAUCAAACUCCACCUGCGUCUCCAAGCAACACGCUGUCCCGCAAGAGCAGCAUCAGUAGUAACUACGCCUCCGUGCGCCACGUCCCCUCUCUGGACUCCAUCUCCAGCGCUGUGGACGGUCUCCAUUUACGCGGACAAGAAACAGGACAGCGCUCUCCCACUCCUCUCCUCCUGGUUGGGGGAGAGGGAGGUUCUCGCUCUCUCAGCGAGGGGAACUCUCCCACAGCCCCCCGUUCAGGCCACCGCGGCGCUCGCCUUCGCCACAGGACCGCUAGGUGCCACGGACGCUAUCCACAACCUGGAGCGGAGCAGAGUGGUGUUAACAGCCAGUCCUGGUCAAGUCAGAACGCUCCCGGCACAGAGAACGGAACCUCUAUGCCUCCUCCUCACCAGACCUACGGCGGGCACGGAGAACGAGCCAGAGCGCAGUCCACGUCGGGAAAGCCGCAGUCAGCCCGAGAGCAGCUGGCUCUGACGUUGAGCGGAGGUCUGAACUCUGAGGCGCCCCGGACCAGUCGAGACUCGCUGCACUGCUCCAGUGGAUACAGCACUCAGACGACCACGCCGUCCUGCUCUGAAGAUACUAUACCCUCCCAGCACGCGGUAAAGAAAGAACCUCCUCUAUAUGACUACGACUAUAUCUCUCUCCACGGAGGAGAUGAUGCUCACAGUCAGUCUGACUUUGACAAAUCCUCCACCAUUCCCCGCAACAGCGACCUGAGCCAGAACUACCGAAAACUCUUCCAGAGCAAGAGACCGGCGUCCACAGUCAGCCUGCUGGUGGACCCUGAGCCCCUCCUGCGGCAGCCCCAAACGGCCACCAUCCGUCGCAAACCGUCCAGCAAACCCCACAUCCGCCGGGGGACCAUCAGUGGCGGAGUGCCCAUCCCCAUCUGUACACCACAGGUGCCCCUGAAGCCGUCUACGUCCACCGUAGGCUUGGCUUCGGUCCGCAGCGGCAGCGAGGAGGCAGUGUGUCCGCUAGCGCCGGCCCAAACUCCCCGAGCACACGGGUCAGACUUGGUCCACGCCAAACAUGCUCUCUGCACGUCCACCCAGAGUCUGAGCGCCAUGCCGCCUCCUUACUACGCCAUGUUCCCCGGGCCACCACCGGUGGGCAGCACAGAGCAGCUGUAUCAAAUGAGCAAGCAGCAGCAGUACGCGCUGCAUCAGCAACAGCAAAGGCAGUAUCAGCAACAGUUUCAGCAGCAGCAGCAACAACAGUACAGCCAACAGCAGCAACAACAAUACAACCAACAACAACAGUACAACCAACAGCAGCAACAGCAACAGUACAACCAACAGCAGCAACAACAAUACAACCAACAACAGCAACAUCAAAAACCGUACAAUCAACAGCAACAACAUCAGUACAAUCAACAGCAGCAGCAGCAGGAACCACAACAAUGUCAGCAGCAGCACAGUCAAGCACAACAGCCGCCACAAUAUCAGCAACAGUACAACCAAACACUGCAACAGCAACAACACUAUCAACAACAACAACAGUAUCAACAGCAGGCGCAGCACAAACAACCUUCCAAACAGCAACAACUUCAGCAAGACCAAGUUAAUCAGCAGCACGAACAUCUUCACCAGCCGCCUCAGCAGAACGCCGUAGCACACAACUGCACCGGCGGGCCAGCGGAGGGCGCCGUGGAUCAACCGGACGGUGCCAUCGAACCAAGCCAAACGUCCGGCGGCGGAGGAGACAUGCUGAGCAUGAUCCGCAGAGGAGUGAAGCUUCGCCGGACGCUCACCAACGACCGCUCGGCUCCUCUCAUCACCACCAACUAUCUCAACUGAGCGAGUUCCCUUCCCGUUCCUCCUCGCUUCUGUUUUAGGUUCUUUUUUACAUUCUGUUUCGUUCCGUGAGCCGCCUUAGAGGGUUCGGCUGUACGUUUUUAGGGUGACCGAAUUUUCCGUCGCAUCGUAACUGACUCGGAAGACAUAAUUCAGCAACACUGUGCUAAAACGACGUAAUUACAACUUGGUGGCAGCGUCUCCAGCAGCAGCGUGUCCAUAUGAAUGUCAGCUCUUGAUAAAUUAAAGAUGUUAAUUCUGCAGUGCUUAUGUGUAUAUAUCUAUAUAUGUGUAGAAAUAUAGACAAAGCGAGGAUUGGAGCUUAAGGUAUAUUAAAGUUAUUUGUUUAUAUUGUCACUGAACGAGCAAGGCUUUUCUUUCUUAUUGUACUCUUACAGUCAGAUAUUAAAUGACAGAGUAUGUAUAUAUUAGCGAAACAUUGGAAAGACUUUACUGUACUGUUUUUAUUUUGGUUUGUUUUUAGUUUUACUAGAUUAAGUGGCUCUUGAGCAUCUAUUUUUGUAUAGUUUUAACUGCAGGGUAACAGAAUAUGGAUCCACUGCCUUUAUCUGCCCAAAGACCGGACUUCAGUGACGUGAACAAAAAGUGGGGGAGGCCGAGAGGGAGGAGUGCAGAUGGAUUGAUGAAUGAAGGACUUGAAAAGUGGACUGUUCUUCUUUUGCUUGUAACUGAGAGUACGAAGCAUCACUGUGGCUAUUUAUUCGACCUGUUUGAUUCUGAAUCUUGUGAGUCAUUAGACUCCUGAUCAAUUCUGAGUCGUAUGAAUCAUUUGACCUGUUCAAUUCAGAAUCGUAUGACUCAUUCGACUGUUGUUCAGUUCUGGAUCAUAGGAGUCAUUUUCCCUGUUCGGUUGUGAAUCAUACAAAUCAUUUUACUCCUGCUUGAUUCUGAAUUGUAUAAAUCAUUUGACCUGUUCAA